AUGGACCCUCCGCUCCCGGACGAACCCAGGCUCCAACGAGCUUCCAUCAAUCGUCGGAGCAAACCACAACUCUCCUGUAACCUGUGUCGUCGGAGGAAGCUCCGAUGCGAUCGCAAAGAGCCCUGUUCGACAUGUACUGUUCGUGGAUUGGCACUCUCGUGUGCCUAUCCCAGCAAUCAAACCCUACCCAAGGGCCAACGGGUGCCUGGGGCAUCUGAGGCCCACAGAGGUCGGCCGCAAGCAACCGUUCAGGACCGCCUGGGCCAGUUGGAGCAGAUUGUUGUCUCGCUGAUGCAAAAAACCACCUCGGAUGGCCAAGAACGGCCGGAUCACCACCCAGUCGCGUCGGCUCCUCAAAGCCGUCCCGAAGAAGACUCACCUGGAGGGGCUACCAAUUCAGGAGACUCUCCAGCUCAGUCCGAUGGUGGAAAUGUGCAUUUUAGCUCCUCAGACGCCCAGUAUUUCGGAGGAACCCAUUGGGCUGCCAUUUUGGAUGGCAUUGCCGACAUAAAGGAGCAGCUUGAGCGAGAAGACCGUGGGGAAAUGGAGAAACCUGCUAUGCUGCAUACUCCCCUACUGUAUGGAUGUAAAUCAGCGAGUAAAGAAGAUAUCUUGGCAGCUCUGCCCACCCGACCCGCUGUCGAUCGUCAUAUUUCCCAGUACUUCAAUCGGUUGGACUUGGCGCCAUGUAAGACCCCGAGCUACAUUAUUCAAGCGCCGGCAGCUAAUAUAGGGCAUCAUACUCUUCAGCCUGCCUACAUAGUGGUCAAUUUUUACGAGAGGUAUGCGGAAGACCUCGCCAAAUGA